CGCGCUCCUCGCGCUAUGCGUCGCGCCGUUGCGAGCGUCCGCGGACAUGUCCGACGCCGUGAGAUGGGUGAGAACGGACUACUACGGCGCGUUAAACGUCUCCAAGUCCGCGAACGCGACGGAGAUCAAGAGCAAGUACCGACGCCUGGCGUUGCAGUACCACCCGGAUAAGCUGGGGCACUUGACGAAGUCGCAGCAGAAGAGCGCGGAGAAGAUAUUCAAGGUCAUCGCCGAGGGAAAAGAGGUCCUCACCGACCCGGAGCGCAGGGCGGAGUACGACGACACGAUCGCGAUGCUCCCGUCGUUCGCGCGCCCGAAGUGGGGUAAAAAGUCCGUGUUCGACGCGGAGCACGUCAAGGUCUCCGUCGCGAGCGUCCUGACCGGGUUCGCGACCUUUGCGGUGAUUUUCGCGUCGGUGAAUCAGCGCGCGAACCAGGCGAGCGACCGCGGAAGCAUCGUUCGGUCGCAGUACUACAGGCAGAGGUUUAAAGCCGCGCAAAAGGCGGAUAAGAAGCGAUGGGGGAAGGAACCGCCGGAGGCGUACUUCGAGACGUUCAUGAAAGAGGAAGGCGUCGUGUUCGUCGAGGGGUGGAAGCACACGGUCAUCGGGAAGUUGAUCGCGGCGAUGGAUCCCCGGCGGCUUUGGAAAAGAAAAGAGAACGGCCCUGAGGAGGAAGCGUCGCGGCGGGAGGAGGCGGCGGCGGCGGCGGCGGCGGCGGCGGCGGCGAAGAGGAAGGGCGGUAAGAAGGGCGGCCACGGUCACGGCGGCGGCGGCGCACCGAAGAUGGACGCGACGCGUCGAGCGAAUAAAGAGAGAGAACAAAGAGAAGCGGCAUCGGCGCAACGCGCGCGCGAGGACGCCGCGGAGGCUGAGAUCGCGAGGGCGCGCGCGGCGGCGCGGCGCGCGUCGCGCGUCGCGCGCUUCGUCGCGUCGUUCGACCGCGAGGGUGUGGUCGCCGGCGAGGUCGCCGAAGUCGAAGUCGAUCGACGCGCGGAUGACGCGGAGGAUGUCCUUCUGCGCGGGUAUUUGAUCGAGGCUGGGUUCCCCGAGGCGCCGAAAGAGAUCGCCGCCGCGGUGGAAGAGGAGGCGCACUUCGCGGAGAAGUUCGACGCCGCGUGCGAAAGAGCGGCGCGAGAGAUGAGAGCGGCGCGGGCGAAGGAGCAGGAGGAGGCGGAUCUGAAAGCGCUCGAAACCGCCGCCGAUGAGGCGUUACGCGUAGAAGGAGAGGACGGCGGCGGCAGCGCGGCAAAGGCGGCGGCGGAGGCGGCGGCCGCCGCGUACGACCCCUCCGCGGACGAGGACGUGCUCGCGGCGGAGCGCGCCAAGGCGGAGAAGAAGGAAGCCGCGAAGAGGGAAGCCGCCGCGAGAGCCGCGGUCGCGAAGGCUGCGAACAAAGCCGCGAAGGAAGCCGCGAAGAAGUGA